AUGACCAGAGUUGGCCUCAGAUUCACUGGGCAGUGCCGAAAAUACUCGCUGCCCAAAUUCUCUUCGCCCAUAACAUCCCAUUCAUACAUAGAUGAUGAUUUUCUCUCGCUAGUCAGCAAAGAGAACAUCACCAAGCACAUCCAUGAUCUAGGCGCUUAUCCGUCCUUCUCCAACAUCUUGACCCCACAGCAUUUCUACCAAAAUGAGGUACUAUUGCAAUAUUCGCAGAAACUGCCGCAUCCUGUCUCUUUGCGUCAGUUGGCCGGCUACGGUCGGCAACUCACCAAACAGAAGGUUUUAGCGUCUGCCAACUUUGUACGUCUCGAGCUUCCAAUCAGAUUGGCAAUGAGAAUCAGAGACUUACAAACGCUUCCUUUUGGUGUAGUCAAUAAUUUCCAUUUGGCACAGAUUUAUGAAAGUUACUAUCACCUGUUCAAUGCUUUCCGCAAGAUACCCACGAUCAAUACUCUUGGUGAAAACGAAGAGUUUUGUACCGUCAUCAGCGCCAUUCUAGAUCAGCAUGUUUUCAACUUAUCCCAUUUGAUGAUGGGUGCGUUGGAAUCAACCAUUUUCAACAAUCUUCAGCAGGAGGAUCUUGAUGCAUUCAUGAGUUCCAUGCUCCGUUCUCGUAUUAGUAGAAGAGUCAUUGUAGAAGAACAUUUGUCACUCACUGAGAUCCACAAAAAAUCACCUAAGCAAGAAAACCCACCUGACUACAUUGGUGAGAUUUUCCAAAGUUGUAAUGCUGAGGAACACUUCGGAAUCGUAGGCAAAUUCAUUGCUGCUUCCAUGGCUGAGUAUUUCCCUCACCCCGAGCUCAUGCCUGAUCUCAUAAUUGAGGGCGAUAAAAACGCAACUUUCCCAUUUAUGGUACCUCACCUUCAUUAUCUUUUUGGAGAGAUUUUGAGAAACUCUUUCGAGGCCACUAUCAAAACUCAUGGACAUAACAAGCACAAGCUUCCGCCCGUGAAGAUCACAAUAAUCGACUCGAAGAAAAACGUCAUGUUUAGAAUCUCCGAUAAAGGUGGUGGAAUCGCACACAGCAAACUUAAAUCUAUUUGGUCGUUUGGAAAGUCUCCCGAGUUAGCAAGAGAGUCUCUCGCAAACUUCCACCGUAUCCCUGGUCUCCAAUUGUAUUCAAACCUCCAAGUGACCUCUGCGGGCUCAUCGAUUGUCGAAACACAACUGAAUGGUCUAGGUCUCACAUCCGUUGGAGACAUUAACAAGAUAUCUACCCUUACUAAGAAGUCCACUCUCGAGCUGUUGAUCACCAGGCCAUACAAGUUCAAAUUGGGCCUUGGCUUGCCUAUGUGUAAGGUAUAUGCUGAUUACUGGAAUGGUGAUCUCUCUAUGAAUUCUCUAGAAGGCUACGGAAGUGAUACUUGCUUGACUUUGAGUAAGCUUGGUCUCCAUUCCAACGUUGUACAAUUAGACAGAGCAUGA